AUGGGUGAGAACGUUGUGUUGUCUUUGGAACUGAAUCCAUUGAAGUGUAACAAAUGUGAUAAGGUAAAACGCUGAAUUUUUUAAUUAUUACAACAAGUUUUACAUUUUAAAGCGUUUUAAAAAGGGAAAAGUAGACUUGUAACUUUAAACAUUGUUUAAAAAAUUUUUAAAAAAUCUGUUACAGGAGCUAUCAACCCCGAUUCGCCUCCCAUGCCAGCACUGUUUUUGCCUUUCUUGCAUUCAAGGCCACAAAGAAUGUCUUACCUGCUCUCUCAACAUCACUGAAAUUCCAUUACAACCGGAUCCAAUUUUGAUAUACCUACUAGAAUCAUCGAAAGAACAAACCGAACAAUGUGCCAAUUGUGACAGAUCAGAGAAUGUAAUGUUCUUUUGUGAAACAUGCCAGCAACCUUUAUGUGAUGAGUGUAGAGUGUUGACACAUCAGGCCAAAAUCUUCUCAUCUCAUCAUAUUUUACCGUUGGAAGAGAGUGGGAGGUUAAGAGGGCAGUUACAAUGUAAAGAACACAAGUCACCGUUCGUACUGUUUUGCUCGGAGUCGAAGAAUUUGAUGUGUAUUGAAUGUUUUAAUAAUUCUUCGGUGGAGAAAAGGUAAGAAAAGCGGUUUUGUAGCUAAAAAGUGUCAAAUUUUAUGGUUGUUCAAAGAAUUUACUUAAUUUUUUGAUGGAAUUUGAUUUAAACUCGCAACAAACUCAAUACAUUCAUGAUCAUUUUGAACUUUUUAUUUUAAAAAUAAUCUUAAAAGACUUUAAUUUAAUCUAAACUAAUCUAAAAAAUAAUGAUGGUACUUUUAGGAAUCACUUCUUAAGCAUCGAAGUUGCCCACAAGAACUGUCAAGAACGUUUGAAUGAGAGCGUCAAGUUGUUGAAGAACUUCCAAAACGAGUUGAAAGAGCAGAUAGAGGUCAGGAAAAGUGCUCAAGAACAAGUCAGCAUGAGUUCGCAGGCUAUUCAGCGGGAGUAAGAUUUUUUUUAGCUUUAUUUUCUACUAGUGUGAUCAGGAGUUUGUAUGAUUUAGUUGCAGUAAAGUGUUUUUUAAAAUUUUUUAUUGAGUUUUAAAAACUCGUACUGAUUUUUUGAAGUAAAUUAUGCUUUUAGAAUUGAAGAACAAUGUGAGAUUAUGAUGAGCAAGAUCAGAAGUGUCAAAGAUCGUGUUAUAGACCAAAUCAAGAUGACCGAACAAGAUCGAGCAGGUCAAAUCUUGAAGCAGAUUAAAACACUAAUUAAUAUUGAAGUAGGUUUGAAAUUAUUCUGCUUUUGUUAAUUUUUCAAAUUUAAAAACAUUUUUUGACUAAAAAUCUCGUUUUAUCGUAUUUUAUAGAUAUUAAUCAUAAAAGAUUAGAAGGAAUAUUCUAAACUCACAUUUUAGGCCCCAAUCAAGCUCAACCUCCUCAGCGCUUCAGUAUUUUGUUCCUACGCUUCUCAACUCGACCUUCUUCAUUCGUUCUCCUCUCUUUUGGAGAAUAUCAAAAUUAUUUUGGCACAAAAAAUGGAGAACAUUCCUUCAGACGGCUUUGGCAAUGUUAACUAUGUUGACCAGUUUGUGAAGGCUGUGGAAACAGAACUAGACUUUCCUCAAUGCUCUAACAACAGCCAGAACAUUCAGAGUAACAUGAAUCAACUCUCUUUGCAGUUGUUUAACAACAAUGAUAUUGAGGAUGACAAUGACAGUAACAAGAGCUCGUAUGCUUCGUAUGCCUUCAAGAACAUGGUAAUGAGAGAUCAUAGUUAUGCGGGUAUUGAGUAUGGACAGACGACGUUUGGAGAGCAGAUUCAGAGGAUUGAGAUACCCUUAAAAGACUUUGUCAAUGAGAGAAAUGUCAUUUCAAACAAGUUGCUAGAGAUACAACAAGAUAUUACCAAAAGAAGGUGUUUGGUGGAUAAGAAGAUGAUCGAAUCAUUGAUAAAUAACUGUGAAGCUCUCAAGACACGAGUGACAGGUCAUCUACAGCUUGUUGAUGAGGUCGAGAGCAUACUUCAAGACCUGUGGAUGGAGCAAUUCGACUCUCUUCGACGGCAAAAUGCCAUUUUUCAGCAGAAGAAAGAGGAAUACACCUCGCUUCAGAAGUUUUCCCAAAAGAUCCUCGACACUGUGCUCAAAGUGCGCACUGUCAGUAGCUUCUUGGCUUCAGUAAUCAGCGUAGUCGAUGACAGACGAUGUGGACCUACCACGAUUCCGCCGAUGGAACAGAUUUGUAUGCAGAUCUUGACACUGUCUCCAGAUUCCAAACAACGAUGCGAAGCCAUUGAGAAGGAGGAAGAGAACAGACGAUUAGCAAAAGAAAAAGAGAAACAAGAAAGUGUGGAUGAGGUGAAACAACUGCCAAAGGCUUUGAAGGAAACUCCGAGAAAGGGCAGGCCUGUGUCUAUGAUGAUGAUCGAGAACAGUAGGGAUCGGCCGAUGCUACCUGUCAUGAUGAAGAAGAAAAAGAGGGCGUUAGUUUUUUGAGAGUGACUUAUAUUAUAGUAAUGUUGAGUGGGAUUUAUAUUAUAGUAGUGGUAUCUAAAAUAUUACAAAGUUGUUUUAUUUGAAUAGUUUUUGAUUUUGAUCUACUGUUUUACGUAUGUUUAGGACAAAAAGUAUUUGCCCAUAAGAUCCUUUAUAAAAAUUGUUAUAUUUUUUAAUCUUUCUUAUUUUAGAAAGCACAAUUCUCAAUCAGACGAAAGCAGUGGAAUCAGAAGUCCAUCUCCAAAGGAUUUCUGCUCAUCAGCUACAAGUUUGGAUACAGUAUCAUUGAAUACAAUAGGUAUAUCAUCAACGCCUUCUGUCAGCCCAAUUGGAAGGCAAAAACAAGACGUAUCGUUAUUGCCUGAUGAUUUUUUGUUAAACGACGAUCUAUCAGAAGUUACAAAAGCUCCUUCAGUAGCUAGUGAAGGGCCUAGAAGGACAGUGGGCAUCAAAACGCAAGGUUCACAACUAGAUUCAGACAAAAAUGCUGGGAAAACAACGGAAAAUAUGAAGGAAAGUACUAGUUGUACUAGCCCAAACCUACCAACAGCUUCAGUCAAUGCCUCUACGGAAUCAAACUCAGUAGCAGCAUCAUCAGGUGUUAUAUCAUCAAGUGCUAAUCCUACAUGCCCGAGCCCAAUAACCAAACCUCCGACAAGCCCAAGAACCCUAAUAUCACCACCACCAUCACCAGUUGUCAAACCUAAACCAACAGUAAGAUCGGUGCCACCAAUACCUCCACCUUCACCACGGAGUGUAGAUCUUGAUUCACAACCUUCUACCCCAAAAACUUCACGAACGUUUAGUUACGGCGUUAGUAUGGGCAAUAACGCACCUUCAGAAGGCACACUCAAGGCGAGGGAGAUGCUGCUACAGUCGAUCAAAGAGAGAGUAAAGCGAAUAGACUAG